AUGUCGUCCUCUAAGGAAUCUCUUGGCCAGUGGGUUGAGAAGUGGAAUGACCUGGUCUUCUAUCAACCAGACGACCAACUCUCUGCCAGGACCAUCGAGGACACGCUUGAUGCUGCCGCCACCGUCAAAAUCAACCACGACGUCCACGACUUCAAUGGCUUAGCCGGUGGCGUCAAGUGGUUCCGUACCGCCACGGAGACAACCUUGGACAGCAACCAAGAGAUUAUGGCUUGGGAUGCGCCGGAUGGGUUGGGCGGUUCAGUCGCGCACCUCUCAACGUUCACGUCCAAAGAUAAGACGUCAGGCAAGGUGGUUAGGAAGAAGAGUCUGAUAACCACGAUUGUAAAGGGCAUCGACGGCAAGAGGAAGGUCUCGGAGUUGAUCGAGGUGGAGAUCGAGUUUUAG